AUGUCAAUCACAACCCCACUAAACGCCCUCCUGGGCAUCCAAAGCCCCGUCCUGCUCGCCGGAAUGGCCAAAGCCUCCGGCGCGCCUCUCGCCGCCGCAGUCUCCAACGCCGGCGGACUCGGCGUGAUCGGCGGACUGGGCUACACACCGGACCAAAUGAACGAAAUGCUCACGGAGCUCAAGUCCCUCCUCAAGGACAAGUCGCUCCCGUUCGGCGUCGACCUCGCGCUCCCGCAGGUCGGCGGCAACGCGCGCAAGACGAACCAUGACUACACGGACGGCAAGCUCGACCAGCUCAUCGAUGUGAUUAUCCAGCAUGGAACGAAGUUGUUUGUUAGUGCGGUCGGGAUCCCGCCUGCGCAUGUGAUUAAGCGGUUGCAUGAGGCGGGGAUUCUCAUUAUGAAUAUGGUCGGCGCGCCGAAGCAUGCGGAGAAGGCGCUCAAGGCUGGUGUGGAUAUUAUCUGUGCGCAGGGUGGCGAGGGUGGUGGGCAUACGGGGGAUAUACCCUUCUCCGUGCUCAUCCCUGCUGUUGUGGAUACGGUGCAGGGCUAUAAGAGUCCGUUGACGGGGCAGACGCCGCUGGUUGUCGCGGCUGGGGGUAUCAACGACGGGCGGAGUCUUGCGGCGGCGCUGUCGCUCGGUGCGGCGGGUGUUUGGGUCGGCACGAGGUUCCUGGCAACAGAGGAGAGUGGUGCGAGUAGGCUGCAUAAGGAGGCAGUUGUUGGCGCGCAGUAUGGGGAGACAAAGCGGACGCUUGUUGUUUCGGGCCGGCCGCUGCGCAUGCUGCCGAAUGACUAUAUCAAGGAGUGGGAGAAGAAACCCGAGGAGAUUGCGCGGUUGACGGCGCAGGGUAUUGUACCGUUGGAGCAUGACUUUAACAACGACAAGGAGUUUGAUAUUCCCUUCUUGAUGGGUGAUGUCUCGGGGAUUAUCAAGGAAAUCAAGCCGGCUGGCGAGGUUCUCAAGGAGAUGGUUGCGCAGGCUGCUGCUGUGCUAAAGAAAGGGGCUACCUACGCUUCUGGACCGGCUAGCAAGCUAUGA